AUGUGUUCUCAAAGGCAAGCCUUAACCAUUCUAGGCCGUUUAAACUUUGCAAACUAUGUUGUUCCUCAGGGGCGCUUGUACUGCCAAAACUUUCAACGACACCUUCGUAUGCUGCGCAAAGCCCAUCCCAGGAGGAAAUAUGUGCUACCAGGGGAAGUACUGACAGAUCUUUACUGGUGGAAACAUGCAGUAAGCAAAUGUUCCUUAAUACACUUACCACAGAUUACUCAUCAUCUCGUGACCGAUGCAUCCAACCUAGGUUGGGGAGCGAUGCUAAACGAUACGCUAUUAUCGGGCACGUGGGAAAGGAAACAACAGGGUUGGCACAGCAAUCUCAAGGAAUUGGUUGCCAUACAGAGAGCGAUAGAAGCUCGGGCGGAGGACUUAAAAGGCGCCAGUCUAUUAAUACAAUCGGACAAUUCGACUGCAUUAGCAUACCUAAGAAACGAAGGUGGUGUGAAAUCGGCUCGUUUAAUGAAGCAAACUCGCGAGCCACAGUCUAAAGACUUAGCUAAAUUUCUCGCGUACCUACAUGUUAAAGAAAGAUUUAAGCCUUCAACUAUACAGCUUUACAGAUCUGCAGUGUCUACUAUUUGUGAGCCUCACUUAGGCAAGAAAUUAAGUGAAGAUAUUUUUGUGAGACAUGUACUUAAAUCUAUCGCACAGGCUAAUCCUCAGAGUUCUCGGGUUCCUAUAUGGGAUCCUCAACAGGUAGUAUCGUGGCUACAAAAUAAUGUACCCCAAGAAGUAACGUACUUUGAAGCAAGUAGGCGAUGUGCAGUAAUAUUGUUGCUUGCGUCAGGUAGACGUGUGCAUGAUCUUACGCUUCUACGCAUAUCCACUUCGAGGAUAAUGGUACUGAUA